AUGGGCACCAAGCUGCGACUCCUCUGUGCCGCGGCGGCGUUGCUCUGCGCGGCGCCGCCAGGGCGGCCCAGUAGCCGGGGCGCGACAGCCGCUGUGCUCCCCGCGGGCGAGGGCGACGGUUACGGGGUGAAGCUGUGCGGACGGGAGUUUAUCCGCGCCGUCAUCUUCACCUGCGGCGGGUCCCGCUGGAAGCGGCUCUCCCUGCUAGCGAUGGAACCGGCGACCGCGGCCGAUUCUGUACGAACAGCAAAUAACAAGCUAUGGGGAAACUUCAAGCUGCAAUCAAUUUUGGGUCCUGAACUGGAGCAGCUGCAGAGAAGCAGUCCCUUUCUUGGAUGGGAGACUCUUAAGGACUUGUAUAGUUUAAAUGACUAUAAUGAAUAUCUACCUGUGGCAGAUGACUUCAAAGAACUUGUUCGACAGCUAGAAGAAACUGUUGAGAAGGACAGAGGAGGAACGGGAAUUGCAAAUCCCAUGGGAUCGAACAGUUAUCUUUGGGCCGGGUAUCCCAGAAGAAAACGUGAAUCUCUGGGUUUGGCAGGAAUGUGUUGCAAAUGGGGCUGUACAAAAGCUGAAAUUAGUACUAUAUGCAGAGUUUAA